AUGAGGUCGACAGAUCGACCCACGACUUUGACAAUGCGGUCCUCCUCUCCCCUUCCACUCUCCUUCCUCUUUUCCGUGAUCCUCGGGAUAAGGGGGCAGACCCCUUGCCCUGCCCCGGGAGACAUCACCCCUUGCAUCUGCAUCCACUUCGAGGAGUACGACGAAAUCUUCGUCGACUGUUCGGGGGCGCCGACGAGCGAAGACAUCGCCUCCGCCUUCCACGACGCCACGUGGCCCUUCACUCUGAUCUCGCAAUUCGUUAUGUAUGACAACAAAGCGGUGGACGAGCUCCCUUCUGGCGUGUUCGGAGAUAUCUCCUUCCAACGGGUUUUCAUCGACCGGACGAUCAUGGAGACCGUCCACCCCACGUUCAUGCAUUCGUCCCUGAAUGAUCUCCGCAUGCUGAGGAUCAUGAGCAGCUCCCUCCAGAGGUUACCGUGGGAGAUCCUGCCCCAAUUUGCGGUCCUUCAGUUCUUGGACUUACGAAACAAUAGCAUGACUAAUGUCCCCGCCAUCGAAAGCGCCAGUCUCGAGAAGUUAUUCUUGUAUGAUAAUAACAUAACUUCUCUAAAAGGAGGAUGGUCCACUCCAAACCUGAUCAUGCUGAAAAUGAAUGGGAAUCCAAUUACCCAAUUUCCAGAUGGAUUCUUUCAGACUUUGGACAAAUUAGUCGAAUUUUGGUGCAUUUCUUGCAACUUGGGACCGACUUUGGCAACUGGGUCCUUGGCAUUUUACAGUGAUGCCUUAGAAUACGUGGCCCUUGACCUCAACAGCAUCUCCAGUCUCGAACCGGGGGCGAUAGCAGGUCUCAUAUCCAGCACAGUGCUCGAUCUCCGAUCCAAUGCAAUCGUAACAUUGCCAGAAUCCUCAUUCCGUCCCAUUCUUGAGGUCCUUGUACUGGGGACUGGAUCCAUCAAUUUAGCGGGUGAGUUACUUCCGUCGUGU